AUGUUCGUAUUGUCAUUGUGCUUCUUUGCACACUUCGUGUUAGGGAGCACCCCUCAACCGUUCCCACCGCAUCUAGCGAAUUUUUCAACCGCUUGCUCGGAAUUCGAGCCACUCAAAUAUGUCUCAAAUGCGACAUUGAACGUGCAUGAGUUCGUUGCCGCAGGCACGACUCUUCACUUCCCGGGUACCGACCCCAGCUGCGGAACGGCGAAUCAAACGGUGUCUGUAGAUAUCUGCAGGAUUGCCUUGAACAUCAGUACUUCAGACCGAUCUGGUAUCAUUUUCGAGAGUUGGCUGCCGCGUACUUGGACUGGGAGGCUUCUGGCGACGGGAAACGGAGGUAUUGAUGGUUGUAUCAAGUAUGAUGACAUCAACUACGGCAACAAGAAUGGUUUCUCUGCCGUGGGAUCAAACAAUGGUCACAAUGGCACCGGGGGAAGUGCUUUUCUCCACAAUCCUGAGGUGUUGAAGGAUUAUAUAUAUCGAUCACUUCAUACCAUCACGGAAGGGGGGAAGAAUUUGACGACUGCUUUCUAUUCGGCACCUGCAAAUAAUUCCUACUAUCUUGGAUGCUCGGGAGGUGGACGGCAGGGCAUCAAAGCCGCAGAAAUGUUUCCCGAGGACUUCAAUGGCAUUGUUGUUGGUGCUCCCGCUGUCAACUUUAAUAACAUGACCUCCUGGCGGGCUUCCUUCUUUGGUAAGACGGGAGCCUCAACCUCGCCCAAUUUCAUUCCGGCCAGUGCUUGGCAAGGUUUCAUUCACGAUGCAGUUCUAAAACAAUGUGACGCGAUUGAUGGGGCAGUUGAUGGAAUCAUCGAGGAUCCGACAUUGUGCGACUUUCGUCCAGAGGAGCUGAUCUGCAGUUCUGGCCAGAACUCAACGAAAUGUCUCAAUGAGGCACAAGUUGAAAUAGUCAGAUCAGUUUUGUCACCACUCUAUGGCUCAAGCGGGGAACUUGUGUUUCCAGCUAUGCAGCCGGGGAGUGAAGUCCAAGCAGUCCAAGGACUGUAUUCUGGAACCCCAUUCCCGUAUUCCCUGGAUUGGUUUAGAUACGUGGUUUACAACAGCAGCACCUUCGAUGACACCCAUUUCUCCGUCUCAGACAUUACUGCAGCGCAGGCUCUGAACCCAUACAACGUCCAAACCUACCCCUCCAAUCUUAGCAACUUCACGGGAACUCACAAGGGCAAAUUACUUAUCUUCCACGGCCAACAAGACGAGAAAAUCACAUCUUUCUCCACCGAACGGUUCUACAACCAUCUUGCUAGUGGCAUGGAACUUCAUUCUUCCCAAAUCGACGAUUUCUUUCGAUAUUUCCGUAUCAGCGGCAUGUUUCAUUGCAGCAGUGGGCCGGGCGCAUGGAUGAUUGGACAGUCCGGGUCUGGAUCUAUGUCCUUCUAUCCCGAGACGAACAUCCUUGCUGCGAUGGUCCAAUGGGUUGAAGAGGGUAUUGCACCGGAUACUAUUCUAGGCGUGAAGUUUGUGAAUGAUUCUGUGGCAAAGGGGUUAGAGAGAAGCAGAAGGCAUUGUCGAUUUCCUUACAGGAACACGUAUAUUGGCGGAAAUGCAAGUCUGCAGCGGAGCUGGGAGUGUAUGUUAUAUGAAUAG